CGCCAAGUCCCAUCUUGCACGACGCCUGCAAGCAGCUCAAAGCGCUUCACACGCACGAGGACCGCACAGAUCCCAGCCUGAUCUGAGUGAGGUUCAGCGACAAUGGCGACGGAAGGGGAGACGAACAAUGAGAGGAAGGCGUCGACUGAGGACGCUGUGCCAGGCUACUCGUCGACGCCCCUGCUCGUGGGCGUGGUCGUUUCGAUCAUCCUCAUGAUCGGCGCUCUAGUCGGCCUGGGACUCGCUGCCCAGGAGCCUGCAGGUGGGCGAACCAGCCUGGCACAGAUGAGUCGUGUUGGGGGGCGUGGGCGGGUGUGCCGUGCUGGGCUGAGCUGGGCUAGGAAGCAGGCAGACGUAGUAGAUCUGCUUGCUAACGGCAUGCCACUCUCGUGUGUGUGUGUGUGUAUGUGUGUGUGUGUGUGUUGGUGGGUGAAUGUCAGAUCGUAUGUGGGCCUUCCCGCAGGCGAGCAUCGAGGUUCCGAAUGUGGCCGAUGACCGACCAGUCACACGUAAGGAAGGAUGGUUCACGCGCACCGCACCUGUUGACUGACUGAGUGACUGAGUGAUGGAUUGAUGGGUGGCCUGCAUCUCUCCCUCUGUCUGUGUGCAGUUCCCCAUGUGGCGCAGUUCGCUGGACUGGCCACUGGCUUCUUCGGCACGGCAGCCAUCUGCUUCUACGCCUACUACGUGCUCAAGCAGCCGAUGGGUAAAUGAUACACACCCACCACCCCACCACCCUCUCACAACUGCGGGUGUUUUCACAGGCAACCAGUUGAUGGUCGAGAUAGCGCACAGCAUCAAGGCGGGCGCCAAGGCGUUCCUUUUCACCGAGUACAUCUACCUCUCGGUGUUUGUGAUCGUCAUAUUCGUCCUCGCCGGCGUCGGCACGGGCAGCAGCGCGGGCGCCUGGGAUGGGUGGUGCACCGCCAUCUGCUAUCUCAUCGGGGCCGCACUCAGCGCCGCUGCGGGAUACACCGGAAUGAUCAUCGCCACGGAGGGCAACUCGCGGACCAGUUGGGCCGCAUACAAAGUAGGCAGUGCGGGAGGGGAAGAGAUGGGGUGAGUGCAUUGAAGGGGGAACAUGGCGUGGUGUGAUCGGUCGUCCGUCUGUCUGUCAGAGUUUGAGCAACGGGCUGCAAGUGGCGUUCCGCAGUGGUGCGGUCAUGGGGCUGUCCGUCGUGUCGUUCGGAAUCAUCGGCCUCUCCGCCGUUCUCUUUAUUCCCGACAACGUGCGUGAUUGACCAACAACACACGGAAACCCCUUCAAGCUCACUCGUGUGUGCGUCUCUCCUUCCAGGGCAUCGUGUCCAUUGCUGGCUUCUCGGCCGGUGCAUCCUCAGUGGCCCUCUUCGCCCGUGUGGGCGGCGGCAUCUACACAAAGGCAGCUGACGGUAAUAAGCGCAUGAUAUUAGAGGGCCGGUGCGUCAAACACACGCACUCACUGUCUGUUUUCCUGUGCAGUGGGUGCCGAUCUGGUGGGCAAGGUGGAGGCCGAGAUCCCUGAGGAUGACCCGCGCAACCCCGCAACCAUCGCUGACAAUGUCGGCGACAACGUUGGCGACGUCGCCGGUUAGUGCACACACACACACACGGGGCCAUCGAUUCCCUUUUCCCAUUCCUGUGCUGUUGGCAAUAGGUAUGGGGUCUGACCUGUUUGAGUCGUUUGUGGGUUCGAUUGCGGCUGCGGUGAUCCUCGCGGCCCGCCAGAACGACCUGGAAGACUACGCCGACUUCGCCGUGGCCUUCCCCUUCUGGAUCUGCGCCAUCGGCAUCAUCGCGGCCGUCGUCUGCACCGCUUACCUUCGGUGCAACGAAAACUCCAGCAUGAACGACGUGAGUGUGUGGGUGGACGAGCCCAUCCAGUCGACGCACGAGAGAGAAAGGGCUGGAUAGCACUCUAUCUCUCUUGUCUUGUGUUUGCUUUGUGUGGUCAGUUGUUGAAUUCGAUGCGUAUGAACGUGGUGGUUUCUGCGGUGCUCAUUGUGCUGGGUGUGCUGGCGACGGUGCUCAUCUACUUCUACGAAUACUACACGCCGUCUAAUGCGUGCAUCCCAGAAGAUGGGGAGGCGCUGGGCCGCAACUGCUUCACCAUCCAGGCCGCCAUCGGCAUGUGGGGGUGCGUACUCAUCGGACUCGUUGCCGGUGAGCUGGACCAUAGUAUAGACAUACAGAUGCAUGCAGGCAAGGAGCGAUUUUGCUGUGGGGUGACGUGGUGUGGUUUGGUGGAUGGGUUAAGGUAUCUUCAUUGGUUGGAUCACUGAGUACUUCACGAGCAGUGAGGACCCUCCCACUCGGUCAAUUGCCCAGGCCGCUGAGUUCGGUGCCGGACCCGUGAUCAUCCAGGGCAUGGGCAUGGUGAGUUGGGCCUCGAGUGCAUGAAGAGGCAGAUACGUGUCGGACUCAUUUGUGUGUCGCUCUUUUUCGCAGGGCAUGUUGUCGACCACUGUGCCGCUGGUCUUGGUUGUGAGCACCAUCAUCUCGACCUACAAGAUCACCGGCUUCUACGGCACCGCCAUCGCCGCCGUGGGCAUGCUCUCAACCCUUGGAGUCACCAUGGCCACCGGUAUGUAUGCGACGUGGGGCCUCUCGAAAGAAGGCAUAGCACACCCAUCUUUCUCUCUUUGUGCGUGUGUCAACAGACGCGUACGGCCCCGUGGCUGACAAUGCCGGUGGUAUCAGUGAGAUGGCCGAGCUGCCCGAGUUUGUGCGCGACCGGACCGACCGGCUCGACGCACUUGGAAACACCACUGCUGCCACUGGUGAGUGAACGACAUGUAUCCCCACAUGAGGUGGAUGUCCGCUCACCGGUUUCUCUCGCGCCUUGCUGUGAUCAGGUAAGGGUUUCGCCAACGGUUCUGCGGUGCUGGCGGCCCUGUCGCUGCUGGCGGCCUUCACGUACGAGGUGAGCAGCGAUGAGCAGCCGCCGCAGCAGGCUCUGCUCGACACGAAGUCGCCCACGCCAUACAACGCCUUCGUUAUCUCCGAGUGGACCAUCUGCGGGUUGCUCAUCGGCGCCGUGCUGCCCUUCAUCUUCUCAGCAUGCACCAUGCUCGCCGUCGGACGGUCCGCACAGGUCCGUUGCUUUCAUUUGUGUGUGAGUGCCUGCGUACGUACGUGCACCUGUGUGUUUUGUGUUGUGCAGGCCAUGAUAGUGGAGGUCCGUCGUCAGUUCGCGUCGAUUGAGGGGCUGCGCGAGGGACGACCGGGCGUCAAGGCGGACUUCACCAAGUCAGACAGACCGACACAACAAAAUCUCGAGAGAAGAACGCCAUCCCCGUCUGGUUGUGUGCAGGUGUGUGGAGAUCUCCACGAAAGCCUCGAUCCGCGAGAUGAUCUUCCCGGCGCUUCUGUCCAUCCUCGCCCCUCUCUGUGUGGGCCUCCUCAUGGGCCUCAGCGCCCUCACGGGCCUUCUGGCGGGCGCCCUUGCCACUGGCUACCUGCUGGGUGUCAUGAUGAACAACGCCGGCGGCGCGUGGGAUAACGCCAAGAAGUACAUCGAGGCGGGUAAUUUGAAGGACGUGGACGGCAACGUGAUGGGCAAGAAGUCCGAGUGGCACAAGGCUGCUGUGGCUGGCGACACCGUGGGCGACCCCUUCAAGGACACCAGCGGCCCCUCACUCAACAUCCUCAUCAAGCUCAUGACCGUCUUCGCCCUCGUCUUCACGCCCGUCUUCAAGAGCAGCACAAAAGACCCGUCUGCCCUGCUGGUGCGGAAAGGAGAGGCAGGGAAAAAGGAACGCAUCCACACACGGCGGUGUGUGUGUGUGUGUUAGAACGAUGGUACGUACCCCGGCAUUGGUGUGACGGCGGGCGCUCUCAUUGUGCUGGCUGCUCUCUUCUACUGGAACGUGAGAGUCGACAAGAACGUCAGGGAGCAGGCACGCGCCAAGACCAUGGCAGCCAAGGUGAGCGCAGCCACUCACCAAAAACAGAGACGGAAAGAAAGAGGCACACAGACAGCCAAACAGCCAGACAGACACGUACACACAUAUUCCCAUGAUGGUCUCUCUCUCUCUCUCUCUGUGUGUGUGUGUGUGUGUGUAGGCUGAGGAGAGGGCGCGUCACGAGGGCCACCGCACUGGCCAGGGCGAGGCGCCCAUUGACACAACCGUCGAUGUCACACCUGACCCCUCCAAUGUCUGAUGAUCGAUCGGCACAAUACAAAUGACUGACAGCAAGUACGUGAACGUGACUGUUUAGGUUGUACGUUCGUGAGCGAGUGCAUGAAUGCAUGGGUGCCUAUCUAACCGGAUGUCUGACUGUCUGCCUUCUGCCCGACAUGUGAUCUGUUACUCUCGCCCCUCUCGCUUUUGAUUUCUCUCUUGGUGUCGUCUGCCUGCCUGCCUGUCUGUCUGGCUGUCUGAACGUACCUACCGUGUCUCACUCGUUCAUUCACACAGCCGUCCUUCCCGUCUCUGGAUGCUCUCCUUUUUCUUCUCUAUUUGUCAAUCAGCAAGGCCUGACACACAAUACAACACAACACAUCACAUCACAGGCACCCCUCUUAAGCACAUGGCAGUGGGGACAGUAAGGGUAAGUGUCGGUCGCUCGUGCGCAGAGGAAGAGAGCAUCCGUGAGGAGAGAGGUGUCCGGUCGGUGAGUGAUUCGUUUUUGUCGGCACACGUACACAUACAUACACACACUCAUGCGUACAUGUUCGUGCGUACUUGUACGGUCUACACGUGUAUGGAACCAUACAGACAAACUGAGUGGAUCGACCGGCAACGGCGACACACAUAUACACACUUUUCACAGAUCUGGUUGGAGAGAUUGGUUGGAUGCGUGUACGGAUGUGGUUGCUGCAGUGAUUGCUUCACAAGUCACACGGCGUGGUGCGUUCAAGGGAGCCACUCGCUGCUGCAUGUCGGUCGGUCGGUCGGUCAAUUUUCGGUCCUCAUCCAUAGGGCGUCCGCACCGUGCUUCUCUGUCAGUCUGUCAGUCUGUCUGUCUGCUGCGUCGCUCUCGCGUCUAUCGGGCUGCGGUUUGCUUCACAUGAACACAACAGUUCACUCUUUGCUUUUCUGUAAGGACAAGAUCACCACACACACACAACAACAAGAUUGUUCCAACUCUUCUGGGCUGGCAGACAGGGGAUGAGCGCAUCCACCAUUUUUCUGCUUACUCGAAUGGCCGAAUGGGGGGGGACGGGAGACAGAAUGCCUCUGGGUUCUUCUCUGCGCUUCUCGCCUGCUCACACGGGGGGAGGGAGGCUAUUUUUCCUGUCAAUACUACACUCAUCCCCUAUUGAUGUAUACAGCAUUAAUACAGCAGCAUCCACACACAUUGACAGAGCGGGUGGACAGACAGACAGACAAGCACAGAAGGCCGGUAGGCUUCAUUUUAUCGGAACAAGAAGUUUUUGGUUGCUUUGAG